AUGCAGAUACAUCGCCUUCAUGAGGAAUCAGAAGAAGAAGACGACGACAACAAUGAAUUUGAAGAGAACAACAAAAAAAUUAUUGGUUCCUCCAGCUUUCAUAGUUUCAGACCUUAUGUACCUGUGGAGUUUGCAGACUUCAGUGUUUACAAUGCUAGUUUAGACAACAGAGACUGGACAAUAUCAAAAACAGACUUUGUUUGCUCCCGUUCACUGGAAAAAGAUGUGUCUCGGAGCCCCACCACCAGCAGUAUUACCAGUGGCUAUUUUUCUCACAGUGCUUCUAAUGCUACCCUCUCUGACAUAUUCGUUCCUUCAAGUGAAAGCACCGACCAGUUAGCCUGUCAUGCAAGGGAUCUAGAAAGUCGAGACCUUGCAGGAAUCAACUCCUUUCAGGAUGGGAACUGUUCAGACAAUAUUUCCUUUCCAUCAAUAUCCUCACAUAGCAGUGCCUUUGAUAAGGCGCCACACUGCACUAUUGAAAAAGCUGCUUCUUGCCUUGUUAGAAGUGAGUCGUGUACAUCAGUGAACUCUACAAACCACAGCAGCAAAGAUAACCUUGUAAGAUUUUUACCCCGUGAAGUUGCUGUGGAACAUACCUGUGACAUUUUAGAAGACCACUCAUUCACAGAAUUCAUGGGGGUGGAGGAUGGGAAAGACUUUGAGCAUCAUGAAGACUCACGGGUAUACUCUUCUUCGAAUGGGGACAAAGAUAGGGUUGCUUAUGUGAACUUUAACUCUGUUGUGUCAGACCUCCCUUAUGACAUAUCUGCCCAGCACAUACUGAAAGAAAGUGAUCAGAAUUCAAACUGCCUAAGAAGCUCUGCCUUAUGCAACGAUCCUCAUUCUCAUUCGUCUGAAGAGUAUUUAUUUGAGAAGAAUCGUGUGGAUUUUUCUGUCUGUGAAGACAAUCCUUCCUUCACUUCCCCUUGCCUCUUGGCAGUGGGAGAUCAAGUAUGCAUUGGGAAUAACAAGUUUGGGACUGUGCGGUACAUUGGCAGAGUGGAUUUUUCACAAGGCGUAUGGGUUGGUGUUGAACUUUAUGUUCAGCUAGGUAAACACGAUGGAACAGUAAAAGGCAGGGAAUACUUCCGCUGCAAACCCAAGUAUGGAGUGUUUGUCCGCCCCAGCCGGCUUACCAAAGUACUUGACUCAACAAAAAGAGGCAACAACAGCACAUCACGAACACACGCAUCCUCAAAUGCAGAGAAGUGCAACAGUGCUGUUAUCAGAGGAUCUCCAGCUCCCAAGCCAAGGGAGGCAGCUCUCUACCAUUCUGGGAAUGAAGCUGCAUCAGCUUUUUCCAGGAAACAAGAGAACAGAAAAUCCUGGAUUAAUUAGAAAUGCAGUAUUUGCACUUAUGGAAACCCAUACUAUUUUUAUUUUAUUUUAAAAAAAUACUAUUUUUGUACAGUUGUACAGUUUCAUUAGGAAUUCCUCUGAAAUGUUUACUUGGUGUAGUCAAGAACAUUGUUCUAACAUUUUUUUUUAAUUAAGGUCUAUCACUUAGUUGUCUGCCUUGUAGGCGGAUUGCUGCUCCUCACUGAAAGCAUGGCUAAAGGAAAUGAUGUAGAUAGAUGAUAGGUACUGGUCUGUUCUUAAAUGAUGACUUUGGAGCUAUAUUUUAAUCAACGAAAAAAUAUUUUAUUCAGAACUCGAAAAAUUAAAAACGAAAUAAAAAUUUAAAAAAAUAAACAGAAUAUACAUACCUGUACAAAUGAGAAGAUGCAGUAAGUUGUUCAUUAUUUACCAAAGAACUGGUGUUAAGCAGAAGUAUCUGCGAAUCGCAUUGCUUUGUGCAUUUGUAUGAGGGAGCAUUGUUCUUUGGCUGUAUAUAUAUAUAUAUAUAUAUUAGUUGCUACUCAGUAAGCACCGUGCUGCCUUAUAUGUUACUUAUUUGUGCUGUUUUUCUUCUGGAUGAAACAGCUGUACCUUUCAGACUGCACUGGUAAUAAUGUUCUGAAAGUUGUUGUUUUUAUUUCUCCCUGAAAUCGUAUUUGGUCCCUGUAGAUAAAUCAAAACGCUAACAUACAGUAAAACAAUUAGGAGACGUUGAAGAGCCCCUAGACGUUUUGAAAUGAUGAUCAAGUGGCUUAAUGAAAUACUAAUUACCUUAGAAAAUAUGCUCAUUAUAGUCUAGUGUUACCAUCAAACAGUAAUCCACUAUCUUCUUAUUCAUUUGCAGGCAGUCAUACCCCUUACCUCUGAGUUGCUGCUUAGUUAUGUGUUUAGGAUAUCAAGUAGCCAGAAGUGUGAAAAGAAAAAAAUGCUGGGUUCUGUGACCACUUAUACUUUAUAAUUACAGUUAAUAUAAGCUUGGUAUUUGCAUAUAAUGGCUAUACGUACACACAGAGUGGAUUUAAAAACACAUCCUUCACUAAGGAAGUAAAGGUGACUCUGUAUUCUCUAUUCAGAGGAACACUUAAACAAGGC